UAUGAAAAGUAUGGAGCCUAAUAUUAUACACAAUAAACAACCAUUCGGGGAAGAAAAAACGAUUGGGUAUGAGUGUUCUGUGGUAAAAAUGCGCAUUAGCCUUUCACAUAUAUGGACUGGAGCCAGAUUUAUGAUAAAACAUUUCAGAUGGCUUAACAAGCAACGGCUACAAUUAGUAAAACCUAUGAAACACACACACACACACACACACACACACACACACACACACACGUCCCAUCGAAACUCUUAACAGUGGGCAGGUAUGUAUUGUAAAGCCACGCACAGUAAUUUACACAAUUUCUUUGAAUCUGAUUUAGCCUUUAAUGACACUCCAGCACACAGGAUUUUAACUCUUGCUUUGAAUGGACUUCACACACGCCAAAUACUCACUUUUUAGUGAACAAAAAAAAGGACAAAACACUUUUCAAAUGCCACAUAAAACAAGGUCUAUUGUAGAUGCAAAUAGUGUUUUUUUUAACCCUUUGAUACAACUCCUGUAAAUUCCGGCGUAUUAAUUUAUAUAAAGAUGAAAUCUUAUUGUACUGUAAUGGAUUCGAUUAAAACAAAAGUAGACCUAUGUGUCUCUUUGAAUGGAUUAACGAGCUACAGCGCCUUUAGUAACGAGCUGUCAAUCUCUGUGGAUAAGCACGCCCCCCGCCACAGCUCGCUAUAUGAAGGGCGGCCCCGGCUCAGGCAGCGUCACUGGAAUUUCGAGUCUCGAGUGUUCCAAGAUGCCUGCGUCACAGAUGGGAUUUGGAGAUUUCUUUAUUGGGAAAAACAUCAACAUGCCGCAUGGAUAUCAGACUAUGGUUUUGGAGUGCCCACCUGGGGUCCCCCCUGUUCCUGGUCACCCUGCAGUAGCUGGAGCACCCCUGUCCUAUCCUGGGAUGCAGGGCUACAGUUUCAUCCCCUAUCUGCAUCUGGGACACAACAUGAGACAAAUGAGUCCCUAUCAGCUGAAGUCAGCGUCUCCCUACCACCAGGCUCUCCUCGGCCAAGGUGCACCCUUCUACUCGCCCUACCGAGCCGUGGCAGCUGACGACCCGGGUAGGGCAGGCAAAGCGGCCGCCCGAGAGAGCACCGGAGCGCUCAAGGCCUGGCUCAGCGAGCACCUGAAGAACCCCUACCCGACCAAGGGCGAGAAGGUCAUGCUGGCCAUUGUCACCAAGAUGAGCCUCACCCAGGUCUCCACCUGGUUCGCCAACGCCAGGAGGAGACUGAAGAAGGAAAACAAAGUGAGCUGGGUGUGCAAGAACAAAUCCGACGAGGAGAGCGAGAGCGAGGAAGAGGAGGCUGGAGAGAAAAGCGAGCGUGCGGAGGAGGAGGAGGAGGAGGAGGAGGAAGACAUUGAUUUACAGACUGUGGAUGACAAUGAGAAAGAACGAUCUGGGUCUGACGGUUCCGACCAGGAGUCCACCAGGACUCCAGACAGGCUCAGUCCAGCGACUCCAGGGGACGCGCUAAAGGAAUCGGAAAGAAAGACUGAAAAUAAGGGGGUCACACGCUUGGGUGAUUAUACUAAACCCCAACUAGGAGCUAAAGAGAACACACAGCCUCAGAAACCCCAAAUAUGGUCCUUGGUCGAGACAGCAACCUCGGGCACGGGGCACAGUGCAGUGCAGAAAAGACCCGUUCAUCAUAUCAAGAGCCAGGACACUGGCGGCUUGUGGGCGGAUUUGGCUGUCAGGAACGGACAGUAUUUUCCUGUGUAUUUGCCAGCACAUUACACCCAGAGACAAACCCUUCCCGGCGGUAUGAACUGUUAGUAUGGAAGCUGUCGGACACGACCGCAUCCGUCUCUAAGUGCACUUCAUUUACAGUUUCAAAGUGACUAUUCUCAUUGUAAAAGCCAUUGCAUUCGCUUCUCAUUUCUUUUUUUAAAUAUACUAUGUAUUUUUGUACAUGAUGUAAAUAAUAAAUCUUUUUUUUAAUACCUUAAUUGUAUAAUAUUUAUGCAAUAAAUGCUUUGAAAUCUAAACAGAAAAUGUUUUGUGGAUUUUGUCUGUAUCAGUUAGCAGCCG